CCCACAGUAUAUUAUAAUUAACUAGACAGUAUAAUUAGGCUAGUUAGUUUUACCCACCGAACACUAUGGGUGUUUUAACUAUUAACUCAAUUAAUUUGUAUUUCAUUACGUUUACCUUAUAAUUCACAUCUCAGUAUGUACAAAAUCAAGUUGGUAAUUAAUGUUUUCAUACAGCAACAUUAAUAUAGUUUUACAUAUCUUCGUUCAUCUCAUAAUAAUUGUAAAUUACUUUCAAUUACUAUUACUCUUUAGUUCUGGAAACGUUUGUUGGAUUUGUGAACAAGGCACUUCAAUUUUGGAAUGAGUCUUGCUGCUUCAGUAGAGCCGUCACUGAGUAUGACUCACAUGCACUGUCAACGUCAGGUAUGUGUCAUUCUUAUCAGUUGUGUGAAGCGGCCAUCUUGCACUGCAGCACAGUCAGAAGUUCACAGUCGUUCUCUUGCACAGCUGCAUGUGUUACAGGCUUGUAGAAUCCGAUAAGGUGACCUUGACUGCAACUUAUCAAAAAAGGUGGAAUUCUUGCGCAAAUAAAAGCAGCGACCAAUAAUCAUGCCUAGCAUUGCAUGCAGUAUGACAGAUAAAAUCAUAUUUUUGAAUUCUCAAGGCUUUCAGAACAAAAAAGAUCCAAUCAAAAAAUUUAUUAAAACUAACAAGCCUUUAGCUUUCUUAGUGGCUGAACAUUUCCAAAGGAAUCAAAAUCUGCUCAAGGGAAUAGACGGAUAUACAGCGCGUACUUCGUAUUGCAGAGACAAAAAUAGAGAGAGGGGGCGUUGCAAAUCUUCUAAGUAAUGACCUCGACUACAAACUAAGAGAAGACUUAGAUGAAUUUUGUGAAAAAAGAGUAUUUGAAGUUACUAACAUUGAAAUUCCUUCCAGAAACUUGGUAGUUUCUACAGUGUACAGACCACCACGAAAAAAAAGUUAAAAGAAUUCUGAAGAAAAAUGGAUUUAAGGCAAUGAUAUCUGAAUGCACCCAUAAGCGUGGAUCUUGCCUGGACAAUUUCAUCGUUGACUUUGACCCUUCAAAGACUCGCGUGAUCACGGGGGAGUUUAAAAAAUCCGAUCACCAUCCCAUUGAACUGAUUCUCCAUAGUUCCAAAAAUAAAAAUAUUAGCAAGUCUACACAACCUUCUCAAACUCCAUUGGAUUCAGUGACAUCUCCAUAUUUUGGUUUUAAUGAGUAUGAAGUUCCAUCAACUACAACUGUUAAAACGAAAGCUAAGAAAGAAUCACCAACCAAUCAAUCACCUCCAACGUUAUCUGAGUGUGAGGUCCCCUUAUCCAGAAAGUCUAAAACGAAAUCUAAAACAACCACUCCUGCAAAACUCUCUCAAACUUCAACUUUAGAAUGUGACAAAUCCUCAACGUUACAACGGAUUUUUAACAUCAUCUUCUAGUCUUCAUGAGCGUGAAAUGUCACCAACCAGGAGUUCUAAACAAAACACAACAAAAGUUUCUCCUUGUAAACAACCACCUUCAAAUUCAUUUAAUUCAACUUCAAGACAACAUCCUACGCUUAAUGAGUGUGAUGUUUCGUCAACUACAACUGUUAAAUCGAAAGCUAAUAAAGAAUCACCAACCAAUCAAUCACCUCCAAACUCAUCUGAGUGUGUCCUCUCAUCCAGAAAGUUUAAAACGAAAUCUAAAACAACCAAUCCUGCAAAACUCUCUCAAACUUCAACUUUAAAAUGUGGCAUAACAUCAACUAGCAACUCUAAACGUAAAACGAAAAAGGUUACUGCUAAUAUUAAACCUUCUCCGACUGUCUGUGACCCUUCAUCAGCUAUCACGGCGUCUCCUGCUGAUAAGUCCCCGUCCACCACCGGACCUGCAGCCGCUGCGAAGCUACAUCAUGGAGCCAAUUCAUCCUCUGAUGCGACCGGACUUUCUGAUGACACCGAACCUGUGGCCGCUGCGGUGCCUGAACACGAUGCGGGGCUUUCUUCUGCUGCUAGCCCUCCUUCUGCCCCUGAGCCUCGUGAUGAUCCUCCUGUGCCUGCUGAACUCCAUCUGAAGCCUCCUGCUGCUGGGUUGACUGAUGUUGCCGAUCCACUUUCCUCCGGUGAGCUUUCAUCCGUUUUUGGACCUCCAGUUGAAAACGUCCCGCGCGUGUGCCCUGGUACAGACUCAUAAGCGGACGCAUUAAAAAUGAAGAAGGAAGAUGAACUGACUGUACACAGACCAAAUCUUUUUUUAGAAGUCCCAGUGGACGCAUUUCGGUUUCAGUAUCGGUAAACCACAACAAAAAUUGGCAUCGUGCUAAACUAUCAAACCCCAAAUUUAAUUUAAAUAAGCUUUCUUUGGUACAUCAAAAUGCCCAGAUCGCAACGAACAAAGUGAGUGAACUGUCACUGCUACGCGAGUAAUUGAAUCCUGGUGUUUUUGUUGUUACAGAGCAAAGUUUCAACAUUUAUUCAAUUUCUCAAUUUAAAGUUAACAAUUAUCAAUUGGCAAACUCUUUUCAUCGCAGUCUUUUCAAAGGGGGAUGUGUGGCAAUUUUUUAAAAAAAAGUAUUUAAAGUUCUAGCCUUAGCAAACUAUAGUUCUGAAUUGGACUUUGAAAUUAUUGGCAUAAGUGUUUCCCUAAAAUACUCUGAAAAGGUAAACAUAGUCAGACUGUAUAGAUCCCCUAGAGUCUGCACCGAUAAAUUUUUUGAGAAACUCGGAUCACUUUUGUCCUUUUUUAAACUGAAGUAAAAGCAUUUCAUUAUAAUUGGCGAUUUCAAUAUCAAUGUCUUAGACCACACCAACCCCAUGACCCAGCGGCUUCGAGACGUGUUGAAUUCAUUCGGAUUGGAGUGAGCUGUGAACUUACCCACUAGAGUGACCGCUACAUCGAGCACAGCCAUUGACAAUGUCAUCACAAACAUUUCAACUGCUGUGGUCUCUGUAUUGGACACAGCCAUCGCUGACCCUUUUGCGCAGGAGGUUGCCAUCCUUGGAGUGAGGCCGGAACCCAACACCAAACUAAAAAACUCAAACUGUCUCUACAUCCCAGAAAUGUUGAUCGCCUCUGUCAGUCUCUUUCAAAAGAAUCCUGGACUUUCUUAAACAAUUUAAAAACCCCAAAUGAGGCAUUCAACUCAUUUAGUUAUUACCACACAUCUUGACGCCACUUGCCCAUUCAAAAUGUUCAAGGAUAAAAUAGUAUUUCAAUAAAAUCAAUGGGUUACCCAGGGCAUUCUCAAAUCAAGAGAAAAUUUAAAGUUUUACUACUCCAUAUUUUACUGCUCCGUCUCAAGAUGAGCGGUUUAAAACCUUUUUCAAAAGCUAUAAGAGAAUUUACAGGAAAGUCAUAAAAGCAACUAAAGCAUAUGACAUUGAAAGUAGACUGAAGAGAGCAGAUAACAUAUCCAAAGUAGCAUAGGAAAUUAUUAACUCAAAUUUAAAACGGAUGAACUUUUACAGGCCCCUGAAGAAGUGGCCAGGGAGUUUAGUAAUUUUUUGCAACCGCAGUGCCGAACCUGCCUUUGAGCGUCUGUCGGUUUAGUUUGGAACCUAUAAGAGGACCGGUAUCGUCCAUGGUGCUUUCUCCUGCUAGCGAGGACGAGUUGGCGGGGGUUAUACGGGGAUUCUACACAAAAAAAUCAUGUGACAUCAAUGGCAUGUCAGUGUGGCUACUCAAACGUUGCCUAAAGUACAUUUUGAAACCACAGACAAGACUGCUUAACAUUUCCUUUGAAAUAGGAGUGUUUCCAGCCCAGCUAAAAACAGCCAAAGUUACUCCAGUUUUCAAGAAGGACGAUCCUUGCCUCGCAAGCAACUAUCGUCCCAUUUCAAUUAUGCCAGUUUUAAGUGAAGUAUUUGAAAAACUUUUUCUUGCAAGACUCAUGGAUUUCCUCAAUAGGUUUGACAUUUUUUCUUCAAGCCAAUUUGGAUUUGGAUCGUCCCAUUUCAAUUCUGCCAGUUUUAAGUAAAGUAUUUGAAAAAAUUUUUCUUGCAAGACUCAUGGAUUUCCUCAAUAGGUUUGACAUUUUGUCUUCAAGCCAAUUUGGACUUCGAAAAAAACAUGUCGACAAUUGAUGCUAUCACAAGCCUUAUGGAUGCGAUCGAGGAGGGUUUUGAGGGUCGGGAGCACACAGUUGGUGUAUUUCUCGAUCUUGGCACCAGUUUUCUAGAAGGACGAUCCUUGCCUCGCAAGCAGCUAUCGUCCCAUUUCAAUUCUGCCAGUUUUAAGUAAAGUAUUUGAAAAACUUUUACUUGCAAGACUCAUGGAUUUCCUCAAUAGGUUUGACAUUUAGUCUUCAAGCCAAUUUGGAUUUCGAAAAAAAAAUGUCAACAAUUGAUGCUAUCACAAGCCUUGUGGAUGCGAUCGAGGAGGGUUUUGAGGGUCAGGAGCACACAAUUGGUGUAUUUCUCGAUCUUUCGAAGGCCUUUGAUUGUGUUCACCAUGCUACUCCGAAAACUGGAAUCGUAUAGGGUACGUUAUAACCAAGCUGCUCCUUUAAAUAAUGCAAGUAAAUACAAAACAACUGUAUAGAAAAUAACCUUAUCACAACUCUAGUAUCAUCAUGAUGUUAAUCCA